AUGGCUCCCGGUCUCGUCUCUCCCCUCCCGGGAAACCAAACCUCCUCCUUCUACUCCACUAUGCCUGGUAACCACCGACAGGUGUCCGGAAUAUCUGCUAUGUUCGACAAUGACAGCAUCUCGAACCAUGGCCGCUCCACCCGCCGCGAGUCCACCAUGCAGCGGAAGUACAAUGGAGCUGGCAACUCCCAUAUCACUAGCGUCGUGCAGUCCCUGCACCGUCGUAGUGGCGACGAGCUUGGCGUUGAUACAUACGCUCUGAUGAACACCCGGUACCAAGACAUUCGUGACUGGAUUCGGAACCAGCGUAUGAGCCACCUGCCUGCCGAGGGAAGCAGCUAUGACAAAGUGCUUGCCUGGGCCCAGCUGUUCAUUGAGCGCCUGAACAGGUUCGAUGAGAACAUCCAAGGCUUUGCUGGAGACAGCUACCUUGCUGCGCAGCUGUCUUAUGGCUACUGCUAUAUGCUGCUUCAGCUUGGCAAGGAGAACGCCCCGGCGCUGAUGGUCUCUUUUGGCUUCUUCUACAGCACCUCGUCCACUUUGGUUAACCUCCUUGAGCGGACCGAGCUGUUCGAUGUCUCCCAGGAUAUCAAGGAGCAGCUCAUCCUGGCUCUGGCUGACUUGGUUACCCUAGUCGCUGGCGUGUCUACCCACUUCCACCAGGCUAUCAGUGGAUUGACAGACGCUGAGGUGACCGUCAACAUCUACGACACCUUCCCUGGCCAGAUCCAGAGCUUCAAGGACCGCUGCUCCAAGAUUUCGGAGACCAUGUGGCGCCACCAGCUCGCCAAGGAGAACAUUGACACCGAGAAAGUUUCCGUUGUCAAGUCCGUUCGUGGCUGGCUUGCCCCCGAAGACCGCGUCCUUAACCACCUCGCCGAGAACUCCUCCCAACUUGCUCAUGAGCGUGAGGAGUUGACCUGCUUGUGGAUGGGUCAUUACCUGACUCGCUUCCUGAAAGACAAGAAGCAGCGUACCUUGUCAUUCUAUGGAAAGCCCGGCUCCGGAAAGACAGUCCUGGCAUCCGUCAUUGUUGACCGACUCCAGGAGCAGAUUGGUGGCUACACCUACAAGAGUCUGUUUGUCCCCAUCAAUGCCCGCAUCCCGGCCGAGACUACUGCCAUUUCAAUCACGAAGACCAUUCUUCAUCAGCUCUUCGAGAAGCGCAUUGGCAAUAUUCAACUUCUGCAGAUCCUUGGUGAGGCCUUCGAGCGUAGCCGCAAGACUACCGAUGUAGCCGAGUACGAGAGCAUUAUGUGGACCGCUUUGCAGCGCGCUCUGGCUGCCGCUCUCCCCGGCGCUAAGGAGCUAGUCAUUGUCGUGGAUGGCCUUGAUGAGUCCACCUGUAAUGAAUCCACCCUGUUUAAGAAGCUCACUGCCGCCACUGUUGGCGGUACUAACGUGAAGGUGAUCACCCUCGGUGCUGAGAAGCAUACCGGCGAGGGUAUUCAGACUAUUCCCGUCAGUGAGGAACGUAUAUACGAUGAUGUCUCUAUUGUUGUGCGCUCCAACUUCCAGAAGCAUAGCAAGAUCUUCCGUGACUUGGGCGAGUUUGAGCAGGAGGCUGUCGUUGAUAAGAUCACUGAGGCUUCUCGCGGUUCCUUCCAGUGGGCCAAGCUUGCCACGAAGAAGGUUCACGCUGAGCACACCCCGGAAAAUUUCCAAAAGACUCUCGAUACUAUUCUCAAGAGCCCCCCAACCAUCACCGACUUUGUGACUUCCGCUUUGUCUUCUCCUGACGUCGCCGAGGAGGCUAAGCUGAUGCUCCUGUGGCUUGCUACUUCUGAUCGCCCUUUGAUGAUCAAGGAGCUCACCACCCUUGCCAAUAUUAAUGUGGAGAAGCAGACCGUGUUGAACGAGAAGAUUGAGCCCCUGAAGGUCCUCAAGCCUCUGGCUCCCCUUCUUUUCGUCCAGGAUGGUCAGGUGUACCUCCGCCACGCCCUGAUCCGCACUGCCGUGUUGGAUAUCUUCCACAAGGGCAAGCUUGUGCCGACCAUCAAGGAUCGCCACCAUGAUUUCGUCACCCGUCUCUUGGUCUACAUCAAGAACACCAUCACUGAGCAGCACACUCCUUCGUUGACUCCUUUGGACCCUCAUGAUACCAGCUCGCUGGUGCAGAGAAACCCUCUUCUCGACUUUGCUGUUCGGUACUGGCCUUACCACCUGACCCAGACCUCUACCUAUACCACUGGUGGUGAAGCCCCUACAGCCAAGGAGUUCAGCAAGAUCUUCCCUGUCUCUAUCACUCUGCUGCUGCUCCAGAACACCCUCUGGCAAAAUAUCUCCACUCCGACGCUGUUGACUUUCCAGACUACUGUCACAAACCUGUGCCGUCAUAUCCUGACCCCCAAUAAUGUUGUGACUCUGCAGUCUCUUAUUACCCUGGCUAUCCUGCGUCGUGAUAUCAACAGAGCCCCCGAGGCCAUCCCUCUAUUCUACGAGAUUGUCACUCUUAGCAACACCCUGCUUACCACCAAGCACGUUAUGACUAUGCAGAUGGCCACUUUGUUCCUCGAGAUCACCACUGAGCAGAUCACCUCCAGCAAGACCGAGAUCAUGACCAAGCGCGAGGAGAUUCUUUUGGUCCUGAUCGAGUCCUACAAGAUCCACUAUGGUGCCACCUCUGAGAAGGUUGUCACUACUCUUCGCACUCUCAUCGAGCACUACCGCUUGACCAAGGAGGAGCAAAAGAUCCAGCAGAUUACGAUUCAGAUCCAGACCAUCACUGGCCAGUACGCGGGUGAGGAUAACGACAACCGCGAUCUCCAUGUCCACCUCAAAGGUCACAAGCACCGUGGUGAGACUGGUAUCAGCUUCGUCUUCGACGUCGAGGAGGAUGAAUCUACCAGCGAUGCCUUCGACUACGAGGCUCUGGUCAAGCUGGCCCAGAAACAUGUAGCUGAGGGCCGGAUCACAGAAGCUGAGCGCAUCUACGUCGAGAUCUGGCAGCGCGCCAGCAAGGAGUGCCGUACCCAGUACUCUGAGCACUGGGAGCAGAUUAAACUGAAGGCUGUUGUUGUAUACACUCAGUUCCUUCAGACUCAGAAGCGUGAGACUGAGGCCUCCUCUAUUCUGUCCUCCGUUUACGAGGAAUACCGCUCUUCCACCACAACUGUCACCGAGAGCACUGCUUCUCACUUCCAUCAGAUUGCUAAGAUCAUGACAGCUGUGGGCAUGUCUGCUGCUGCUCUGACCAUUUUCAAGAAGGUCCAGCACCACUACCAGAGCACCAACAGCACACAGUCGUCUUCCUACUCCGAGGUCCAGCAGAUGAUCCAGCAGACUCAACAGCAUGUCAUGCAGUCGGCUAGCUCUUCUUCUUCUUCGACUGUGUCGGAGUCCGUUCUGGAGGAGAUUGUCUAUGAGGCCUCCAGCUCCAGCUCCAGCAUCAGCCAGAGCUCUUUCACUGCCACCUACACUCUGGUUGAGCUCUAUGUUGGUCAGCACCGCUGGAAGGAUGCUACCCGCGUUGUCAAGAAGGUUCUUCAGAGCCUCUGGCCCUCGCUGUUUGCUCCUUCUAUCCAGGACGUUGUUUUGCCUGGUCAGCACGUGGAGAAGUGCAUUGAACUUGCUGAGCGCUUCAGUCAGUGCUACCACUACCGCCGUCGCUUCGCUCGCGAGGAGAACAUUCGCAUCCGCGUCUACCGUGCCGUCCGUGCUGCUAAGCCCGUUGAUGACAAGAUUCGCGAGCGCAUCACUGCCGAGCUGGUUAAGUUCUACGAGAGCUCCUCCCAGCCCGACCUCGUCAUCAGCACCCGCCAGGAGAUCCUCGAAGAUUACGUCAAGCACUACGGCCCUGAUCACCCCAUUGUCAUCAAGACUCUGUGGACCCUGGCUAAGCUUACCCACCCUCGUCCUAUCUCCGUGGAGUACUACCAGCGCAUCAUCCGUGCUCUGAACAAGGAUUCGCCUCACUGCCACCCCGAUGCCAUUGAGCCUCUGAUCCUUGUAUUGACCGAGCUCUUUAACCAGAGCCGCUACACUGAUGCCGUGUCCUACUACUCGCUAUUGUUCACCACCUGGUUGCACGACCCCAAGAAGAGCCCCAAGUUCCAGGACACCAACUUCGUUCUGGACUUCUUCACCAAGUACACUCAGUGCCUCCGCAGCGUUCGCACUGAUUACACUGUGAUCCACAAGGUCACCACUGACUUCCAGUCCAAGGUCAAGGUCGUGUUUGGUGCUACCGCUUCGAUCACCAUCAAGGCUACCCUGACCCUCGCCAAGGUGUGCCAGGAGUCCAAGCGCUACGAGUCCACUGCCAUCUCUCUCUACGAGGAGCUCCUCAAGAUCAAAACUGACGAGUUUGACCACGAAGAGAUCCGUGCCACUCUUGAUGGCAUCUAUGAAGAGCAGACCUCCAUCGCCAUCAAGUCCGACUCAGUCUCCGAUGAGAUGGUCUCCCGUGCUUCCAAGAUUCUGCGGAAGCGUGUUACUACCAUCCGCGAGCAGCACGGCUGGGCCCACGAGGAGUCUCUGUCUCAGCUGACUGAGAUGGUCAACUUCCACUACAAGCACAGCAAGAUCGAGUCUGUCCUUGAGGAACUCAAGCAAUCUACUGUGCACAUCCUGUCCUCGGAGACUAGCUCGGUCGCCCUGGCUGCCGCCGCCGUCACCAUUGCUAGUAGCUACAUUGCCACCAACCAGGUUUCCAAGGCCACUGAACUGUCCCAGGAGCUGUAUCGCCAGGUGAUCAUGAAGGAUACCACCAAGAUCAAGCAGUCCCAGUUCGACCUGACCACCAAGGGUCGCCAGAGCCUGAUCUUCCUUGCCCAGCUCGAGCACAGCAUUCGACACAGCAGCUCGACCAUCACCGAGAUCCUGGCCUCGCUUACCACUGAGUACGUGUACUUCGAGGAGUUCCGCAGCCAGGCCGUCUCCAAGACCAGCACCUUCCAGUCGGUCUCUUUGUCUGCUUCUCGCCUGUACCAUUUCCUGCUCCGCAGCAACCGCCACAGUGUUGCUACCCGUGUCUUCGAUGACUACGUUGCCUACUUCGUCAGAACUGAGGGUAAGCGCGUCAAGUUGACCGAGAACUCUCAGGUCAAGAUCCUCCUGGUGACCAUCCUGGACCACUUCAACACCCACCAGUCUUCGAACUUCGUCCGUUCGGUCGGUAUCGCCGCCAAUUACCGUGUUCUUAGCCUUCUCGAGAAGAAGAGCUACGAUCACGCCGCAGACCUUGCGAUCGCUGCCUUCCGCUACAUUACCGCCCACGAUGUGUACCGCACCCCUGCCAUUGUCAAGUUCGUCUUCACCCUGGGUGUCUUCGUCACCGGCCGUACCAUCAGCAGCAAGCCCGAUGCCGCCGCCCAGAAGAAGCUCAAUGGCAUCUCCGCUGUUAUCAUCCAGGAAGUGCUCCACACCAUCAACGACCUGAAGAUCAACCUUGCCCAGAUUGACCUGACCUACUUGAACAUCCUGAUCGGUCUCCUUGGAGAGCAGAAGGACUACAAGAACCUCGUCUGGCUCCUGUCUAGCCUCUGGAACAGCCGGAACUCGCAGAUUAACUGGUCCCCUGCCAUCACCAUCCAGCUCGCCCGCCGCUACAUCCUGGCCCGCUACAUGGUCGGUGACGCCCUCAAGGCCUCCCGUCUCGCUGAAGAUAUCGUGUACAACUGCCGCCGCGUCAACGGCGCCCGCCACCACAGCACCCUGGAGAUGUCCACCCUGCUGACCCAGCUGUAUACCGGCAUUGCCCAGCAAUACCAGGCCGGCAAGGGCGGCCAGCACAUGGCCAAUAAGUACUACAAGAAGUCCGCCUCCGUGCAUGAGAACCUCCUCCGUGUCUUCGUUGACUCGGACUUUGAAGACUUCGAAGACCGCCUUGACGGCUCCUUCAGCAUGGACGGUUCCGCCGUCGACCUUGACCUCGCUGACUCUUCCAAUGGCCUCUCCUCCGUUUCCGAGGGUGACCAUAUCCGCCAGCACCUGCAGCUUCUCAAGCUGUCCGUCCAGCGUCUUGGUGACUGGCCCAAGGACUACGUCGAGUAUGAGCGUCUGAACGCCGAGAUUUUCUCUGAAUUCUCGCAAGAUCUUUCUGGUGUUGAGGGUGUUGAGAAGUGGAACUUGAAGAGCUUCGGCUCGGGCAAGGCUGCUUCUGAUGAAGAUACUCUCAAGCUGGACUUCAUCUCUUGGGAGCUUGAGCUUCAGCCUACUGAGGAGGUUGAGGAAGAGCUGUAA